AUGGCAGCUGCGAAAGAAAACGAGUUUUUUCGCAAGAAGGACCAAGAGCUCAUUGAGAAACUGAAGCAGAACAGCUCGCAAAUCAAAGUGAAUACCAGACGCUUGAUAAUGUCGAAGCCACAAGUUGGAAUCAACGGAUUCGGAAGAAUCGGACGUCUUGUCCUCCGCGCUGCCGUUGAGAAGGACACCGUGCAAGUUGUUGCUGUCAAUGAUCCAUUCAUCUCGAUCGACUACAUGGUCUACCUUUUCAAAUACGACUCUACUCACGGACGUUUCAAGGGAACUGUCGCCCACGAGGGAGACUAUCUCAUCGUCACCACCGAAGGAAAGAGCCAACAUAAGAUCAAGGUCUUCAACAGCAAGGACCCUGCUGAGAUCCCAUGGGGAGCUGCCGGAGCUCACUAUGUCGUCGAGUCGACUGGAGUCUUCACAACCAUCGAGAAGGCCAACGCUCACUUGAAGGGAGGAGCCAAGAAGGUCAUCAUUUCUGCUCCAUCUGCUGACGCCCCAAUGUUUGUCGUUGGAGUCAACCACGAGAAGUACGAUCAUGCUAAUGAUCAUAUCAUCUCCAACGCUUCGUGCACCACCAACUGCUUGGCUCCACUCGCCAAAGUUAUCCAUGACAACUUCGGAAUCAUUGAGGGUCUCAUGACCACCGUCCACGCUACCACAGCUACCCAGAAAACCGUUGACGGACCAUCUGGAAAGCUCUGGAGAGACGGACGUGGAGCUGCUCAAAACAUCAUCCCAGCCUCCACUGGAGCCGCUAAAGCCGUCGGAAAAGUUAUCCCAGAGCUCAAUGGAAAACUCACCGGAAUGGCCUUCCGCGUCCCAACCCCAGACGUCUCGGUUGUCGACUUGACUGCUCGUCUCGAGAAGCCAGCUUCGCUCGAUGACAUUAAGAAGGUCAUUAAGGCCGCUGCCGAUGGACCACUCAAGGGAAUCUUGGCUUACACCGAAGAUCAAGUCGUAUCGACUGACUUCGUCUCUGACCACCACUCGUCCAUCUUCGACGCCGGAGCUUCUAUCCUUUUGAACCCGAACUUUGUCAAGCUCAUCUCGUGGUACGAUAACGAGUUCGGAUACUCGAACAGAGUCGUCGAUCUCAUCUCGUACAUUUCCACCAAGGCUUAA